AUGGAGUCCGUUAAGCAGUCGAUUCAGUCCCUUAUACUUGACCCCCUUCAGCCCUAUCUCCGCCCGAUCACGACAUCCCUCCCCGAGCCGAUCAGCAACACCCUAAUCUCCCUUCUUGGUGAUAAAUGCUAUACCUCCCUUGUCCUGGCCGUCGAUAUCACCAAAGACCCGGCCUGCUUGCCGCUCGCGAUCUCGAAAGCACUAGGAAUCGCAAUAGUUGCAUUCAGCGCGAUUGUCAAAGUCCCGCAGAUCCUUAAAAUCCUUUCCUCCCGUUCAUCCGCAGGAGUCUCGUUCACUUCGUACGCUCUCGAAACGACUAGUCUAUUGAUCACGCUCGCGUACAAUGUGCGCCAACAAUUUCCAUUUAGCACAUAUGGCGAAGCGGCGUUGAUCGCUGUCCAAGAUGUCCUAGUUGGCAUUUUGGUACUGGCGUUUUCUGGACAGCCAGGGGCCGCAAAUGCUUUCCUUAUUGGGGUAAUUGGAGUCGUCUAUGCGCUUCUGGGCAGUGGAGAGUCACUGGUGGAUAACAAGAUGAUGGGAUAUAUGCAGGCUGGCGCAGGGGUUUUGGGUGUGGCGAGCAAGAUCCCCCAGAUCUGGACGAUUUGGUCUCAGGGUGGUACAGGUCAACUGAGCGCCUUUGCGGUGUUCAACUACCUCCUUGGAUCCCUCUCCCGUAUCUUCACAACCCUCCAGGAAGUGGACGAUAAGCUCAUCCUGUACGGCUUCAUCGCAGGGUUUUCUCUCAACCUAAUCAUGGCGAUGCAAAUGCUUUACUACUGGAAUUCUCCCACCACCGUUUCAGAGAAACAGAGUGAAACAGUGAAGCCCGUGCAGCGAAUGCAAGCGGUACAGGUCCCUGCUGCAACAACCAGUGGUGCUUCUGCUAGCCCGUCGGGCAAAGGCCCAAGUACGAGACGACGAGGCUAG